AUGCUAACAUCAACAAUUACUACAACGACCAGUGUACCAUCUACAUCUAUUUUGGGAACAACUACCAUCGUGGUUGAAACUACAACACAGGCAGAAACCACAACUGAGGCUAUUGUAUCAACAUCCACAGUGCCUCCUAAAGUAGAGACCACAGGCCCUACAACAGCAGCUACAACUGUGUUUGUUGAGACUUCAUCUACAGAACAGCCCUCAACGGCAAGUAGUGGCUCAACCAGUACAGCUGCACAAACCACAACCAAGUGCUUCUGCAUAGCUGACGGCAAAAUAUAUCAACAAGGUGACCUUGUGUAUAAUGUAACUGAUGAAGCAGGUUGGUGCUACACCGCUCACUGCAACUCUUCCUGCCAAGUGGAAGUCAAAUCAACUCCAUGUCCUUCCACUGCUCCACCCACGUCAACUACUACUCAGUACAGUACAUCAUCUGAGACCCUGCCUACAACCCCAUCAGAAGCUUCACCAACAUCCCCAGCUAGCAGCACACCUUCACAUACUUUUGACUGCUCCAAGUUGCAGCCUCCAAGAAAGGAAGGAGACAUUUGGGAGGUGAACAAUUGUACCUCGGCAACUUGCGUCAGUGGCAAGGUUAUUGAGUUACCAGUUUCUUGCCCACCAGUGACAACCCCAAGCUGUGAGAAUGGACGGCCACCUGUCAAAGUUUUUGAUACAACAGGAUGUUGCUAUCAAUAUGAAUGUGAAUGUGUCUGCAGCGUGUGGGGAGAGAGCCACUACCUUACAUUUGAUGGACAAUCUUACAACUUCCAUCAAAACUGCUCCUACUAUCUGGUCAAGGAGAUCCUCCCUAAAUACAACCUGAGCAUUGUUGUUGAUAACAACUACUGUGCAGCAUCUGGCAGCUCCUUCUGUCCUCAGUCCCUGAUCAUCUCUUACCAGUCCUCCCAGAUUGUCAUGACACAGCUGAACUCUGACAACACAAUCACCAAUGUGGUUUAUGUAAACCAGAAGAGAGUUUACCCACCCUAUUCUAAAGACGGCCUUGACCUGACCAGUACUGGCAUGGAGCUGACCUUGAGCAUCCCAGCGAUCCUUGCCCAGGUGGUCUACAAGGGCUCCUUCAGUAUCAACCUGCCUUACUCCCUCUUCCAUGGCAACACAGAGGGACAGUGUGGUACAUGUGACAACUCCAAGGAUAACGACUGCCGAUCACCUAACGGACAGAUGCAAAACUGUGGCACCUCUGCUCCUGAGUGGCAAGUCAGCGACAAAGACUGUGUUACACCUCCCACAACGGUGCCUCCUACCACCUCCGCCUCAUCCAGCACCAGCGCUAGCCCAGCAUCCACCCCUGCUCCUUGUAGACCAGCCAUCUGUGACAUCAUGAACAGCAAGGUGUUUGAGCCGUGCCACAUAUCUGUGCCCCCCAACGCCUUCAUUGAGGCAUGUCGCUCAGAUGUGUGCAGUGGGGCAAACAACAGCUGUUCCAGCUUGGAGGCCUACGCCUCUGAAUGUUCCAAGGCUGGCAUCUGCAUCGACUGGAGGAAUGCCACCAACGGACAGUGUGUUCAUAUCUGCCCCAGCGCUAAAGUUUACAUGCCAUGUGGUCCAGUAGUUCAACCAACCUGUAGCAGCGGGAUGCGGCUCCUUUCCACAAACGCCUCUUCCGCAACCACGGAAGGUUGCUUCUGCCCAUCUGGAACUACCCUCUUCAGUAGCUACUCUGACACUUGCGUCCCCUCCUGUGAUUGCACAGGUCCUGAUGGCCAACCUAAACAGUAUGGUGAAACAUGGACGAGUGGCUGUAAACAGUGCACAUGUGACAAGGGAUCCAUGAGUGUUCAAUGCCAGCCAAUCCCGUGCCUCCCAACCACCAACAUGACCUGCUCAGAGCCUGGAUUUAAACUGGUCACUAAGACAGUUGACUGCUGCCUGAAUUACACAUGUGAGUGUGACAUCUUGCUGUGCCCUGCAUCCAUGGUGGUCUGCAAACCAGGCUUUGAGGCCAUCAUCUCUACUGACACCACCUGCUGUCCCACCACCCAGUGUGUUCCCAAGGGUGUGUGUGUCUACAACAACGUAGAGUACAAGCCAGGUUCCAAGGUGCCUAGUGAAUCAUGUGAGGAGUGUACCUGCGGCCCUACCGUGGAUCCCAUGACCCAGUUGAACAAUAUCACCUGUACCCCCAUUACAUGCCAAACCAACUGUUCUCAGGGCUAUGAAUACCAGACUGUGGUUGGUCAGUGUUGCGGGAAAUGUGUUCAGACCAGCUGUGUGGUCAUACUCUCCGACAACACCACACACAUUGUUCAGUUGAACGAGACAUGGUCGCCCCCUAAGGAUAAAUGUUUGAAGUACACAUGUGAGAUCAACAACGGCCAACACAUUCCAAAGUUGACGGAAACAAUGUGUCCUGCCUUCACCCCAGAGAACUGUAUCCCAGGCACAGAGACCACUGAUGCUAACGGUUGCUGUAGAACUUGCACACCCCGCAGUGUGUGUGAGGUUCAGACAAGCUCCGCCCAUCUGGUGAUGAAGGGCUGUAACUCCACCCUACCUGUGGAGAUCACUUCCUGUGCUGGAGCCUGUCAAACAUCGUCCAUUUACUCUAUGGAAGCCAACGUGGUGAUGCACCAGUGCUCCUGUUGCCAGGAGGCCAGCACCAGUCAGAGGCAGGUGGAGCUGAAGUGUGGGGAUGGCUCCACCGUCACACACACAUACAUCCACAUCAACACCUGCUCCUGCCACGUCACAGACUGCCAGGAGGGGGCGACGGCCGCCCCGACAUCCUCAAAGCAACGCCGGAGGAGACGCUGAGGACAGAUUUGUGACUUUUGACCUUUUACUUGCCUGACCAAGUGUUUAUUUAAACCCAUCCACAUUUCAACAUCUUCGCUAAAGUUUUUCUGGUAUAAACUAGUGUUAUACCAUCUACAUUAAAGUAUGUAGGAUAUAUUGUCUUAACAGUGUAGUAUAGAAUUGUAGGCUUGAAUAAAUAAUAGCAACAUAAA